CGUCCAGGCCGGCGGCAUGGGCCCGCCGCAGCCCAGUUUCACACAGGCAGCGGCGCCGCCUCCACAGAGGGCCCACCAGCCUCCAACGCCGAGGGCCAGCAGCCAGCCCCCGAUGCCCACCGGGCCACCUCCCAGCCAGACGCCGACGCCCGAGGGCACCAGCAGUGUUUUGGCAACAUGGCAGUUUCCAGCUCGCAAUGGAAAAGGAAGUUGCGGCCAAAGAAUGAAAGUGGAAUCCAAUCAUUUUCGAAUCAGGGUCCAGAACGGCGCGUUGCUCAUCAUUAUAAUAUACGACGUGGACAUGAAAUUAAUCAGCGAAAGGGACGGCUCGCUGAAGGAAUGUCACAAAAAAUACUUCAAGCGUGGAAUUCUAGCAUUUGGCCAUGAGGUGUGGCCCGGAAGGUAUCCUGCGUACGACGGCAGCAAGCUUCUCUUCAGCUGCCAACCAAAAUUGAUUAAUGGACAGGAAACACGAGACGUGAAUGUGCGAAAUGACGAUCGUUUCAAUAUGAAUGGUGAAGCUGAAACUGCCAAACUGCGGAUCACAGUGAAAGAGGUGCAAACGGUCCGUCUCAAAGAAAUUGGCAGGUUUUUCAACAACAAAAACACGGUUCAGUUCCCCCACCUGGCCAUCCAGGCCAUCGACGUCAUCCUGCGCAACUCCGGCAUGACCAGUCUGCUUCAAGUCGGCCGCAGUUUUUAUCACCUACCUCGCGACCCAAUUGACCUGGGUGACGGGUUUGAUCUGUGGCACGGUGUCUUCCAAAGUGCCUCAAUUGGCGACAACAUGCUCCUACUUAAUGUCGACGUUGCCCACAAAGGCUUCCCACGUGAACAGUCGGUACGCGACCUGGUAGCCGAUCUGGGAACAAAUAAUAAGUGGAACCGAAGGCAGCGUUACAACCCUGAGAGAGAAUACCAAUAUGGCUCCAGACACAGCGGGAAAAUAGACGGGCAGCUACGCAACUAUCUCAAAGGUCUGAAGGUUGAGUACAAGAUCCCGCACUUGGCCAACUCGAAGAGAGUUUAUCGGGUGAAUGACGUUGUCCAAGCUCCUUCACGCCAAAGGUUUUACCUAGAUACUCCAAAUGGGCAGAAAAGACAGGUUACGGUAGCCGAGUACUAUAAAACUGAAAAAAGGUACGAGAUCCGGCAUCCCCAUUGGCCCUGUCUGCACGUAGGAAGCAAGGACAGGAACAUCUUUGUGCCCAUGGAGUUGUGCAAAGUUAUGCCGAAGCAAGUCUCAAUAAAAAAACUGAAUGAGGUGCAGACAAGCAAUAUGGUCAGAGCGGCGGUCACCAAGCCUAAAGAUCGCAAAGAGAAGAUCAUGGAAGCCUUUGACAGCCUGGAUUUGACGAACAGCCUGUGUUUGCGCGAAUUCGAUAUCAAAGUGGAGCCACAGAUGACCCAGGUUGAAGGCAGGGUGCUAAACCCACCCGCCCUAAAGUACAGAGCCGACUAUCCUGUCAGGGUGAGGAACGGCGCGUGGCGGAUGGACUACCAGUUCAAGACGGUUGCCAAGGAAGUGCAGAAAUGGGCCAUCCUCGACCUCAGCAACCAAAAAGUUUUUAAAAAGUUAUCAUCACUAAAAGAUAAGUUUGUUUCGACUGGUUUGAACGUCCAUUUGAUUUUCAAAAGAGUGGAUUUCUUGAGGGUAAACUGCAACACAGCGAAUGAACUGAGAAAUUGCCUUGAAGGUCAAGAAUAUCCUUAUGACCUUCUUGUCGUCAUCAUUCCUGAUAGUAUUGGUGGAAUAGAUCCGCACGCUGUGGUGAAGCACAUUCUUGAGAUGAAGAAGAAAAUCAUAACGCAGUGUUUGAAGUCCGAAACGUUGGAAAAGAUAUUAGAAAACAAUGAAAAGAACCAGUUAAUCGUGCCGAAUAUCCUGCUGAAAAUCAAUACUAAACUUGACGGCAAGACCCACGCCAUUCAUGAAAACAGCAGGUCUCCCUGUUUCAAUGACAACGUGAUGAUCAUGGGAGCUGACGUCACGCACCCUCCUCCAGACAGCAAGUCGGUACCUUCUAUUGCAGCUGUGACUGCGAGCCAUGACAAGGAGGACGUGUUCAAGUUCAGCAUGCAGUGGCGGCUGCAGCCUCCAGGCAUAGAGAUAAUUCUGGAUAUGGAGGACGUCGUGUUGAAACACCUCAAGUUCUUCGCAGCCAAGAACGGUGGGACCUACCCCAGUCGCAUCAUCUACUACAGAGACGGCGUCGGCGACAGCCAGUUCGAAACAGUUCUUCGCGCUGAACUUACAGCCAUUCGUAGGGCGGCAAUGAAGAUUGGGCUGACUUACAUGCCAAGAAUCACCUUCCUCGUGGUUCAGAAGCGGCACCACACCAGGUUCUUUCCUAAGGAAGGUGACUCGAUGGCUGAUAGGAAUGGAAACGUGCCUGCUGGUUUCGUGGUGGACAACACCAUCACGCACCCGAGGGACAUGGACUUCUACCUCGUCAGCCACCAGAGCAUCCAGGGCACAUCUCGGCCGACCAAGUACAAGAUGCUGUACGACGACGCCAACAUGAAUGAGGACGAGGUGGAGCAGCUCACCUUUAACCUGUGCCACCUGUAUGCGAGGUGCAACCGCAGCGUGUCCUACCCAGCGCCAACCUACUAUGCCCACCACGCCGCAACCCGCGCCAAAGAAUACUACACGGAGGCGAAGCUUACCAUUGACGUGAAGGAUGAGAAGGCUUUGAAGGAUGAGAGCGUAAAGUUGAAUGACUUAAUGAGCAGUUUCACCAAGGACCAUCCCAUGUUCUUUAUUUAGACUGCCAUUUAUUUCUAGAUGGAAUUGUUUUUUUCAAUUCUUGCAGUUCAUUGUUUGAAAACUAUAGUACUGGUGACAUAUUUAUUUUUGUUUCGUUAAUUCACUGCAGCGCAGUGUCAUUUUCUCACCCCUGAGUUGCAGUGUGUUCAUAUAGUAUCAAACUUAUCCCAGCAAGGAAUUGGAUAUCCUAAAGAAGAUUUACUUUUGAACAGCCUCAGAUGUCCUCAGAUAUCCAAUUUCUUGCCGGGUAACACUUUCACCCUCGGCUCUUUAA